AUGGAAAACAAAAUAAAUGAACCACGCAGUGGUGCAUCAGGCACUACGGCGGUCAGGCGAGCGCCGCCCUCUCGUAAAUGGAAUUCUAAUGCAAGUGGAAUAUAUCAUCGUAAACGAUGUGAUAUAAUCAUGUCAACAUGGGGUAGUCACCAAAUUCCAUACGGAAAUUUACAUUUUAUUAGUGAUUCUGAUGAUAAUUUAUUACCGAUCUUACAAGUAAUGAACAAAACAGCUGAUUACUGGAAAAGUCAACGUAAAUGGAUUCUAGGUAUGCUGAAAAUAUUUGAAAUGGGUUUUAAACAAAACAUUAAAUGGUAUAUGAUUGUAGAUGAUGAUGGAUAUAUUGUUGUUAAUAACACUUUAGCCUUAGUUAACCAGUACUAUCAUGAUCAAAUGUGGUUACUAGCUUGUGUUGCAUGUCCACAUCCAUAUUAUCAUGGAAGUUCACCUUUUUUUCUUCGAAUCUGUGGCGGUGGUGGCUAUUUAAUAUCGUCAGAGAUGGCUAAAUAUAUUUUACCCAUCCUACCAAAAUGUUUCAAUUAUACAUCGUCUAAAUGGGAUAAUGGUGAUAUGAAAUAUUUUGAUGUAAUGUUUAGUGUUUGUUUGAUUGAAUUAUUAAAUGUCACUUUAACACAUCGAAAUGAAUUUAAAACAGUUUCACCAUUAAAGCAAAUUAAAACAAAUAAUAGCAACACCAUUAAAUUUAGUUUUAAUAGAGAAAAUUUGAAUAAUCCAAUUACAUUUCACUAUGUCAAGCCCUGGCAAGAACAACUCAUAAUUUGGAAAUUGUACCAUGACAUUGAAACAAAUCUAACUGUAAAGAACAAUUCUAAUUGGUUAACGUAG